UCUUUAACUCUUCCACGUCUUUCCUACUGUUUUAUGGCAAUUGUUUAGGAGAUUCGUUGAACUAACAAGCUAGCUCGACAACACACUAGAAUAAAGACUUGAAGACAGAAUGGCAUCAGAAUCUCCGCGCAGACCAAGCCGCUGUGCUGGAGGGGUUGUAGUGCGAGCACAAGCUGCCACUGAGCAGUCGUAUAUGGAGAGUGUUGUGACCUUCCUCCAAGAUGUGGUCCCUCAGGCAUACACUGGCGCACCCCCAACUGAUGAAAAAGAAAAAAUAGUUUGGGUCAGAUUUGAGAAAGCUGACAUCAAUGAUACGUCCCGCUCCCCAGAGUUCCUGGAGAUGCACAGUGGCAGCAGUGACCCUCCCCUCUGCCUCAUGAUUGGUUAUGCAGACGGGAUGCAGAUCUGGAGCAUAUCCCUGGGUGGGGAGGCCCAGGAGCUUUUCUCUGUGCGCCACGGACCUGUGAGAGCUGCCCACAUCCUGCCAGCGCCCCAUAUCAGUCCGCUGAUGAUUGAUAGUUUUGCGGACAAAAGGCCUCUCCUGGGGGUGUGCAAGAGUACCGGGUCCUCGGGGACCAGCCCCCCAUACUGCUGUGUGGACCUGUACUCUCUGAGGACAGGGGAGAUGGUCAAGUCCAUCCAGUUCAAGACGCCCAUCUACGACCUGCACUGCAAUAGGGAGAUUCUAGUUGUCGCCCUGCAGGAGAAGAUUGCUGCAUUCGACAGCUGUACCUUCACCAAAAAGUUCUUUGUUACAAGCUGCUUUCCAUGUCCGGGCCCCAACCUAAACCCCAUAGCACUGGGAGGACGCUGGCUAGCCUACGCUGAGAAUAAGUUGAUCCGGUGUCACCAGUCUCGAGGCGGUGCCUGUGGGGACAAUGCCCAGUCUUACACAGCUACUGUCAUCAGCGCUGCUAAAACCCUAAAGACUGGUCUCACCAUGGUGGGGAAGGUGGUGACCCAGCUAGCUGGUACUCUACCCACUGGCGCCCCCGACGAGGAGGGUGCUACCCACAGCACCACCCGCCGAAGCCCCCAUGCCCCUGGAGUAAUCACCGUCAUUGACACACACAACGUCGGAGAGGGACAGGUCCUGGUGAGUGAGGACUCAGAUGGAGAGGGAGUGGUGGCCCACUUCCCAGCCCAUGACAAACCCAUAUCCUGCAUGGAAUUCAACCCCAGCGGUAUGCUGCUGGUGACUGCAGACACCCUGGGCCAUGACUUCCAUGUGUUCCAGGUCCUCACACACCCCUGGGCCUCCAACCAGUCUGCUGUCCACCACCUCUACACACUGCACCGCGGAGAGACUGAGGCCAAGGUCCAGGACAUCUGUUUUAGCCAGGACAGUCGCUGGGUGGUGAUCAGCACACUGCGUGGCACCUCCCACGUCUUUCCCAUCAACCCCUACGGUGGUGCACCUUGCGCCCGCACUCACAUGUCCCCCCGCGUGGUUAACCGCAUGUCCCGCUUCCAGAAGAGUGCAGGGCUGGAGGAGAUAGAGAAUGAACUGAACAGCAAGCAGGCUGGAGGAGGGAGAUGCAGCCCCAUCCCUGGGCUCUCCAGCAGUCCCUCAGGGUCCCCACUACACGCUAAACUCACCAGCCAGGAGUCGUACAACAACUUCACCAACAACAACAUGGGUAACCCUCGUCUGUCCCCUCUGCCCAGCCUCACCAUAGUGCUGCCCCUGGCACAGAUCAAGCAGCCCAUGACCCUGGGCACCAUGACCAAGCGCUCCGGACCUUACCUCUUUGGGGCAGGAUGUUUUGCCAUUAAAACUCCAUGCAAAGCCAAGCCUCUCCCUCAGAUCUCCCCCAGUAAGUCCAGUGGAGGAGAGUUCUGUGUGGCUGCUGUCUUUGCUGCCUCACGCUCAUGGUACAUGACCAACCCCAACAUGAAGAGAGAGAAAGACCAGUCCAGCCGGUCAGUGGUGGAGUCCCUCUACAUCCUCAGUUGCUAUGGCACCCUGGUGGAGCACGUCCUGGAGCCUCGGCCAAUCAGCACGGCCCAGAAGAUCAGCGAUGACACACCCCUGGAGCUCAACACAUGUCCACGGGCCUGCUGGAGCCUGGCCAGGACUCCACUGUGGAAUGAGCUCCAGCCUCCCUUUCUCUCCAACCACCCUCUGGUGCUGGCCUCUGACCUGGUGCAAUAUUACCAAUACCUCCUGGCUGGAUUGGUGCCCCCUGGAAGCCCGGGUCCUGUCACGCGCCACGAGUCUUACGACAGCCUGACGUCGGACCACAGCGGACAGGAGGACGAGGAGUGGCUCUCACAGGUGGAGAUAGUCACCCACACAGGGCCUCACCGCCGCCUGUGGAUGGGUCCUCAGUUCCAGUUUAAGACCAUCCACCCAUCUGGUCAGACUACGGUCAUCUCCUCCUCCUCCUCCGUGCUGCAGUCCCAGGGCCCCAGCGACAUUCAACAGCCUCUGUUGGACUUCCACACUGAUGACCUGGACCUACACAGUCUCAGGAUCCAGCCAGUGCGUUCUGAGCCGGUCAGCAUGCCUGGUUCCUCUCGGCUGGUGGCUGAACGGAGGGGACAGGGGACGGUCAUUGAUAUAGGAUCGGGGACGUUUGACCGCAGUGUGACCCUGCUGGAGGUGUGUGGAAGCUGGCCAGAGAGCUUUGGCCUGCGUCACAUGAGCUCUGUGGAGUCCACCGAGGAGGGGCUGAGAGAGAGGCUGGCAGACGCAAUGUCAGAGUCACCAUCCAGAGACAUAGUGGGCUCGGCUACCGAGCUCCAGAGGGAGGGCAGCAUUGAGACUCUCAGCAACAGCUCUGGUUCCACCAGCGGCUCCAUCCCCCGUAACUUUGAGGGCUACCGCUCUCCACUGCCCACCAACGAGAGCCAGCCCCUCAGCCUCUUCCCCUCCGGAUUCCCCUAGAGGAGACAGCCUGCCUACCGCCCUACAAGACCUGGGGUCAAAUACUAUUUGAUAUCUUUCAAAUGCUUUGAGAGUUUGCUUUAGUCUGCCUGGAAUCCCUGAUGGGAGGGGACUACAUUUUGGAGACUGUUCUAUUGGUUCCAUUACGCCAGACAAGCUCAAUAAAUCCCAGAUAAAGUAUUUGAAAUUAUUUCAAAAACUAUUUGAACCCAAGUCUGCUAACUACUGUCCAUCCUACCGCUUCACACAGCACAGCCGGACAGUCUUGAUGGUCUCUCACCAUGUUGAUAUUCAUUAGGAUGUUAUUGUGAGCAGUGGUCCCCUCCUCUCUCUCUCGCUCCAAAUCCAGGAACUGUCCAGUGUUUCUCCCACCUGCCGAUGUGUUUAUGCUUAUGUGUGUGUGUGUGGGGGGGGGAAUAAUGUGUCACAACGAGUGUGUUUCAUUUUGGGUGUGUGUGCUGCUCUGUGUGAGAGAGAAGGCUGAGGCCGGGUGUAUUGAGUGAGCAGUGCCUGGGGCGGCAGGGUAGCCUAGUGGUUAGAGCGUUGGACUAGUAACUGGAAGGUUGCAAGUUCAAACCCCCGGGCUAACAAGGUACAAAUCUGUCGUUCUGCCCAUGAACAGGCAGUUAACCCACUGUUCCUAGGCCGUCAUUGAAAAUAAGAAUUUGUUCUUAACUGACUUGUCUAGUUAAAUAAAGGUAAAUAAAAAACUCAGUCCCUCCUGUGUGUGUGUAUAAAAAGUGCUCUGAUGAUCAUGGGUGUCCCAAAUGGCACCCUAUUUCCUAUAUAGUGCACUACUUUUUUGCAACAAAAAAGAGGUCUGUGCUUUAAUAAAAUAAAAGGCUUAUUCCUUUCUUGUAUACACACACCUCAAACAAAAGCACACGCUUGUACGCUGAAUAAUUACUUUGCUGGCUUGCUUUUCUUAGUGAAUGAGUCAUUGCUGGACUUGACCAGACCACAUAGGACUUGAUAUGAAGUCUGAUCUGAUACACUAGUGAGAACAGAAAGAAAGGCUUAAAACAGACUCUGAAUAAUUGGUCACUAAUUUUGUAUUCUGUGUUAAAAACAUGAUACAAUCCUAGUCCUUUGUCUGGGGAAUGGAUGACUGGCUGACUAUAGGGGUCUGUUCUGAAAAAUGCAACGUUACAGGACUUUCGGGUAGAAAUACAUUUUAUAGAUCAGAUAUGUCCUGUAGCAAAAGGAGUCAUUGAAGAUCUAUAUAUUAUAUUUAUAUCUGCAAUGUUUCACCCUAUUGAACACAGCCAUGUUCCCGUAAUUCUGCAUGUUGAAUGAGUCGAUGGCUACUGAUGCUUGGUCACUGGCUAAUGUAACAUAAAAGGGUCAUGAUUAAUUGAUCCUUUUUAAUGCAGAACACAUGCUUAUUAAUACAUUUUCACUGUAAUAUUGAUUUUGUACAAUACUGAGUAGUUAUUUGCUAUACAUUCGUGUUAAUGAAAUACUGAAGACUUGGAAAAUAGUUUGCUGUGUUAUAUUAUCACCCCUGGAUAUUCAAUGAUUUCAUAUAUACUAAGUAAAUAUAACAGCUGCAUAGUCAUUAUUUUAAUCACGUGUACAAAAGUUAGCAGCUUGUGCUUCUGUAAAUGUAAAGAGACUUCUUGUUUAAUUUAAAGAAAAUAAAUAAACCACACCAAAGCCAGGACACAUUUUCUGCCAGUUUAUUGUGGAAAAGCAGACUGUGAAUACAACACUCUAAAACUUAUCUGACACUCAGAACAAGAAUCAAAUGAACUACAAAAUGUUCAAGAAUCUAAAAUCAGUACAAGACUAAUUGAUGUAAGGCCCCUAUGUUUAAAUGCAAUUCACUUACCUUAGACAGGAGCAAAACCAGACCAGAGACUGAAACAAUGGCCAUGUGAAUGUGUUUGAGCAGGCAUACUCAGGCCAACAAGCACUGGCUCUGCUCUUGCCUUCAGGUUGUUUGCCCCAUAGAAAAAGAAUGAAUUGAAUGGGCUUGGAACUUCUAACCCUGGCAUUUUUGAUUGGUAAACACAUGGGUACACUUACAGUGGCUGCCUGGUAAUGUGAUGCAAUAAUUUCCAUGUUCAUUCAAACUAAUGUAUUUUUUGUAAUGUCAGUUUAAUCAACAAAUUACAGCACAUGAUUGUCCACCUAUAGAGUACCACAGUAUGAGUCAUAUUCCCAUAAAACCUAGCGGUCAAACAGGGAAAUGGUUCAAAUCAUUGUUCCACCAUUCAUCAUCAUUCAUGGGGGAUUUUACACUUAAAAUAACACUUAACACUUAAAAUAAGGGCUGUGUUUCAUGUAGGGUUACCCUGGUGUGACGUUUUGAUAACCGUGUAAAUCUGUCUAGGACAGGGUUACUUUUAUCAAUGAUUUGCCUGUAUUUACCCCCCCCCCCCCCCCAAAAAAAAAAAAGAAGAAAUGCUAAUUAGCUGCUAAUGUGGCUAUCAUUAAGAACUCCAAAUGCCAUGAUGACCUGGAGGAGGCUGCCGAAUCGAGGCAAAGGUAAGAAUCUCUGGAUUAUCUGUUAGCUAAAUGUAGUAAUAGAUAAAUUGUCUACAUUUCUUUAAACGGACAUUUCUGUGAACUGUCUUUUGGUUUAAAAAAAAAACUCUCCCCAAUUGAUAGUUAGUCUUGUCUCGUCGCUGCAACUCCACUACGGACUCGGGAGAGGUGAAGGUCGAGAGCCAUGCGUCCUCCGCAACACGACCCUGCCAAGCCACACUGCUUCUUGACACACUGCUCGCUUAACUCGAAAGCCAGCCGCACCAAUGUGUCAGAGGAAACACCAUCCAACUGACAACCGAAAUCAGCUUGCAGGCGCUCUGCCCGCCACAAGGAGACACUAGAGUACGAUGAGACAAGGAAAUCCCGGCCGGCCAAACCCUUCCCUAACAUGGGCCAAUUGUGCGCUGCCUGAUGUGACUCCCGGUCACAGCCGGCUGGGAUCGAACCCGAGGCUGUAGUGACGCCUCAGCACUGCCCUUUUGCCAGUUUUAAAUUGACACAAUACCUGAUAGCAGAGGUGUCAGCUAGAGAUGACGUGCAGGAGCUUGCAGAGAUUUGUAGUUUUGCGUGACAUAUACUUUGAAGCUAAUUAGCAUUUUUGAAUCUGAGAGUAAAUAGAGCCAAAUAUAUUGAUAAGUCACCUUGUCCGAGAGAGAUUUACAUGGUUAUCAUAACAUCACACCAGGGUAAGCCUACAAGAAACACAGCCCUAAUUUUAAGUGUUUCUAAAUUCCCCUAUGGGAAAAAUUUAUGAUGGAAAAAACGAUUGGAACCAUUUCCCUGUCUGACCACUGGGUUUUACGGGUAUUAUGACACCUCCACUGUGGGCAUAAUUGACUUGAAUGGGGACGCCUGUUCUAUUCAUUAUAUUUCUAUGGUUUGCCCACUGACGCUCCCCUGGUGCCCCACACUGUGACAUGAUGCCCUGCAUGCCAAUGUCUCUCUGAGUCUGAGGGAACCAUGCCCAGGCCAGUGCCCCAGCUGGCACCUCUACCAGGGGCAGGGGCCUGUUAAAGGAGGGCACACCUUGUUUCACUCUGUUUCAAAACGUUGUCUGCCUCCUGAACAUGCCCCUGGUUUUUACCCUCCUCUCCUGUGACAGUCUCCAUAUAUACCCAUCCUCCUCUGCCAGCAAACCCUGUGAAUAGAUAGAGCAGCGAGAGGAGAGACAAGGUUGGCACCAGGAGAGAAGCCGUAUUGAUACAUAGCUAGGUACAACCACUUGUGGACAGGUUUGCUAAGCUUUUGCUAACAUUGUUUUGCUCAAAAUCACACAGGAAAAAAUUCACUGCCCAAAGAACGCAAAUUACAGAGCAAAAGUAAUCUCUAUCCAACCUCAUAUACUGUAUUUCUUUAACUUUGUGUGAUUUAUUUGUGUAUAUAUCUGUGUCUUGAAAUGUGAUGGAAUUUGUUAUUCACUUAUAUUCAAUAAUUUAUCAGACUGUAAUAGCAUUAUAAUGUGUGUACAAUACAAAACAUUUAACAAUAUCAGAUCUGAAAUAGUAUUUUGAUUACUGUCAUUUAAUUGUUGUCAUCCUCUCAACUAAAUAGACUAUGAAGACUUACAUUGUUAGCCAAUAUGUAUGUUAGGCAAGUAAAAUUCCAUCUUUUUAAUCACUUAUAAUUAUUUUCCUUUCCUCAGUGCACUCUUUUGAUCCACAAAGGAGACAACUAGAUAUCAAAUAGGUCUACUUCGAAUUCAUUUAUAGUGCCAGCCAUUUGAAACCAAUCAAAGGCAAUACCAUGUAUUAUAUCCUAUUGUUCGUAUGAAUAUGACAGAAAAAUAUAUUGGGAAAUGCCGUGGUCAUUGCAGGUAUGUUGAUGACAUUUUAUGACCUUUUAGUGAAUAAAACAAAUGUCACUAAACAAUUACAAUUCGCAUAGAGCUAUUAUUAUUGUUAAUUUAAUGUACAAAUGUAAUCUUAAUAGCCACUUUUCAGAUCAGGCUUUUCAAUCGUCUAACAGGAGGCGAAUACUUUUUUUUAUAACCUAACAGUUCUGUGUUGUUUACAUUGCCAAAGUGUCCAAUGAAAAUGUUUUAUGCAUCAAUGAUUGUAUUCAAACGAAACGCUUCCUCAUAAACUGAGGACCCCAAUCGCCUGAUUCUGAGCAAGAUUAUAGCCUGCCUAUGUGUACACUUAUUUCUAAUUCAAUGAUAGAGACCAUCGUGUGAGCGGUUACGAUCGAAAUUGAACACGGGAAAGUGCUUUCCUUGCUAAAUGAAAGUAUGUCUGAAAUAAAUGUAAUUUCCCCCUGACCCAAGUAAUUUCAUAUCGCUUCUGUAUAUAAUACGAUUCAAUGUAUUCGGUCGCAUGAGUUGAAAAUUGAAUUUUGAAGCACUGUCAACAAGUUCAACUCUGUUAAAUCAACACGAGUUUGAUAGGACUGUAGCCCAUAGUAGAGAGCAACAAGGCUAUUUUCAAGGGAACUGAGUGCAUGUCAAAAAUAAUAGCCAGCCUCUCCAUGUUGUGUUGCAACAUCACAUCAAAUUGAUCAAGGCUGUUAUAGAGUUACGUUCCUGAACAGAAAUUGAUAUGCUAUGUGCACCUAUAUGUUGUCAAUAGGACAUUAAGUCUACACUUGUUGUAUUCGACGCAUGUGACAAAUAAAGUUUGAUUUGAUUAA